AUGGACUGGGAAGCCAACCUCGCCGCGAUCAUCAAGUGCACGGACGAGAACCUUCGCGCGCAGUUCCGCGACCACGAGCCGCCACGUUCGUCGUAUGCGCCGCCGCCGAGCCACCGCGUACCGCAGGAGUUUGGCGCGCGCGAGUGGCGACCCGCGACGCCGCCACCCCGCAAGGUCGACGAAGCGCCCAAGCACCACCCGCCCACGGACAAUAGCAACCAAUAUACGGCCGAGAUGCCAUUUCCACACCACGCGAGCUACCAGGUGACGCACAUGAUGGAGCAAAUUCGGUUCAGCAUCAAGCUCGAAGUCGACGCGCGGGCAGCGAUUGCCGAGCGGCAGCUGAGUGCCAUCAUGGCGCUGACCAAGAGCAACUCGGAUGAGAUCGACCGGCUGCGCAUGGAAGCGAGCAGCGUCGACCGCGAGCUGCGCACGAUCGACCAAAGCCACCAAAAACUCCGACAAGACUGCACGACCCAAAAGGACAUUAUGUACCACGUGCAGAGCAUGUGCGGGAAGGACGAGUCGUGGCGCAUGCAGGCCGACAACCAGCUGCUCGAGCUGCGCCAGCUCGUUGCCGCCCUCCGCGAGCAAGCCAAUUCGAUUCAGGUAGCGAUGCAGGAAAAGCUGUCGCGGCCCGAGCUCCUCGUGCACUUUAACGCGUGCGUGGAGCCUAUUAAAGCCCAGCUCAACGCGAGUCUGCAGCACCAAGGCUCGCUGAUUGGCGAUAUGACUCGAACAGCAACUUCGACAUCGUACCUCGUCGACAGCCUCGUCAAGCGUGUCAAGGACGUCGAUAACCGCCUCGACGAUCUCAAAAAUGAGACGGAAGCCCACGUGCACCGUCUCGAGAAGCACCAGCAAGCGAUGCCGACGUCAGCACCAGACAAAACCCAGGUCCUUGACGUCCCGUUUUCAGAGUCGUGGACGGCCCCGAUCGCAGCUAUCGCCGAGACGCACGCCCGCAAGGCUGCAACGACGUCGAGCGAAGCCCUCCAGCUGGAACUGACCCAGCGCGAGGCGAAAUGGAUGACACAAGUCCAGACCCUCGUGCACGAUCAGACGAGACAACUGCAGUCAUCAUGGAGCCAAGACGCCGAGGCACGCGCCCGUCGCAGUCAAGACGCUGUGGUCGCUGUCGAGUCGCAGACCAAGCAAGCCAUCGACACUGUCGAGCGCCACGUGCGUCAGCAACUCGCCAAGGUCGACCAGAGUGUCGGUCAGGUCCAGACGCAGGUUGAGACGACCUUUUGCAUCAAGCAAACCGAGUGGAUGACGCAACUCGAAGCGGAGAAACGGGACCGCAAGCGAGCGCUUGACGACGUGACCAACGAGCUCGCACAAACCAAGCAGUGGACGCAGACGCAACUCGAGUCGGCGCAGCGAGCGCUGCAGACGCACCAGAACGACGCUGCGGACGCAAGUAUCAAGCUCAAAACCUCGCUGCAAGCGUCACACGACGCCCUCCAGAGCACCGUGUCGGCCAAGCUUUUGGAGAUCUCGAGUCAUGUGAAUAUGGCGCAGUCCCAGUGGCGGCAAGCCCACGAAGCAAUGACAGCAGCGCACGCUGAGGCGCUCAAAGGCCUAUCGGCCAAGAUGGACACUGUGCCUGCGCAGCUGGUCGCACUCGACACGACCGUGAAAACCACCGAGAGCCGUCUGCAACAAGCUGAAUCGCGGACGACAACGGCGCUGGAGAAUGCAAAGACGUCCAUUCUCGAGCUGCAAUCGGACGUUGUGAAGCUCAAGGCGACGGACACCAAGCCGCCCCCGCAGGUGUAUCCGCCACCACCGACGUACCCAAUGUGGCCGUCCUACCCGCCCAUGUAUGGCUUCCCACCGGACGCGGCGCAGAGCAUGAGCGCCAUGGCGUACCAUCCGAUGAUGCUCGCGAGUCUCAUGCAAGGCGGCUUUCCCCCAACGCCGGCCAAACCGGCGACAGAGAUGCCGACUAUGCCGCCGCCAACGCCGGUCGCGGCCGUACCAAAGGCUGUCUCUCCCAUGGGCGAGCAACCACAGGGUAAAGACUUGCCGACGGGCUCCGUCCACGUCAGUGAGACACGCGUCGCCUCGGUGCCACCGACAGAGCCCGUCCCCGUGGCACAGCCCGUUUACGCCUUCGCCCCGACGCCGGUUUGUAAGCCGGACGCUGCAUCCGAAACGAGGCCCGAGAAGCUGACCGUUGGGACGAUGGAUCCACGACGUACGUUGCCGCCUCCAGAGACGAGUUCUGCUCCGUCACAAACAUCGGUGCCUGCCACACCCGCUUCGGUGGCAACUUCAGCUCCACUCCCACACGUGCCGGCUGCAGCUCGUCUUCCCCCCGUGCCAGCUGCAGCGUCUACACCACCGCAAGCCGCAACGUCCACACCGCUACCUGCUGCAGUGUCCACACCACCACCAGCUGUGGUGACGGCGCCAACUCCAUCUACGGUGCCAGUGUCCACGCCUGUGGCCAAACCGACACCCGCUGCAACACCGGCGGCGGUGCCAACGCCAACAACGGCACAGACACCCAGCACCGCUCCGGUCCCAACUGUCCCAGCAAAGUCCGCGCCGCUUCCAGGGCCCGCGAUACCAAAGGAGAUGACACCCGAGGCAACGCAGCCAUCGACGGACCCACCUGCUGUCAAAAGUGUCGCUGCCACCACGACCUCGUCUGUGCCAAUAGCUUCCGAGCCGAGUGCACCGAUGCCACCUCCCAAAGUACCACCCGCGCCGUCCACAGCCCCGCCGCGAGCCACACCCAGCGUCGAGUCACCGCCCGUAUUGCCGUCCAAGCCAUCAACACCGGCACCCAAACUGUCGGGCCCACAGACGACCUCCGUGGAGACAAGCGACAAUGGAGCUCCUGCCAUGCAAGGUGCUUUGGCGGAGGCAGAGCUCGCCAAGGCCCGGGUCGAGCAGCGGCUCAAGCUCGAGCGCGAACGUCGGCACUCCCUCGGAUCGAUGCCACCACCCACGUCCCCGCCCACGUCAUCGCCGCCCACGGCUGCACCAACACCAACAAGGGUUGAGACCACGCAGGUCACAAACAACGUCAAAUGCAAGCAGUGCCACCUCGAAAUGGCCGCCGCGGCGUUGAGUAGCCACGAACAAACGCAGUGUCCCAUGCGCUUGGAGGGCCGGGCCAAGGACGACGGUGAUUGCACGCUGACCAAGUGCAAGCACUGCCUCAACGACGUCAGAGCCUCCGACGUGGCCGAGCACGAACUCACUUGCGAUCAAAUGAUGAAGCAAUGUCCGCACUGCCUCCGCCGCCAAAAAAUGUCGGAGCUGCAAGACCACAUCAACGUCUGCGACUGCCGCCUCGUGCAGUGCCCCAACCAGUGCGGCGGCAAAUUCCUUCAACGCGGGUUGGAAAAGCAUGUUUUGACCAAGUGCCCAAAACGAGCUGUGGCGAAACCCGAGGCGCCCAAGCCGAUCGCGGCCGAGAAGCCAGUGACGACCGUCGACAAGCAAGAAUGCAAGUACUGCGACGAGUCGUUCCCGACCAAAGAGCUCGACGACCACGAGCAAAGCUGCGACUGGAAGCCAAAACGAUGCCAGUACUGCAACAUGGUCAUCAUCGCACGCGACCUCGCUCGGCACGAGACGAGCUGCAAGCAGAGCGCGCGACAGUGUGCCCACUGCCAGCAAAGUUUUCCGAGCACGGCCUUUGCGACGCAUAUGCCCAAGUGCCCGAAACGCCCAAUCAAGUGCAUCCGGUGCGGCGAGCUCUUUCCGGCGGACGUCAUUGUCGUGCACUCGACGUCGUGCAAGCCGUCACUGACCGCCGCGGCCCCCGUGGUGCCACCCCCGCCGUCGACCCCGCCCCCCACCCUCGCCACGUCCCCCAAGCGCAAAUCUGAGAGCAAUCUGCGGCAGCUGAUGCAGCCCGAUCCGAAUGCGGAGCUCCAGCGACGCAUGUCGACGAUGCAGCUACAGAGUGCGCCCGAAGAGGACGGCAGCGACCGGCUCAGUCGACGGUCGUUUGCAUUGGCGCAGCUGACAGCGCAAGGUGCAGCGCAACCAGCGACCACAGAGAGAGUCGAAGACGAGGACGAGGACGACGAAAGUGACGACGACGACGCGGAGGAUGAGGAUGAAGAUGAAGAUGACGACGAUGAUGUCUCGUUGGCGCAAGUCGUGGCUGAAUGGAACGUUGAAAAUGUCUGUUUGUGGCUCAAGGAAGAUGUCGGCGUCCCAGAUGUCGUGGACCGGUUCGAUGCGCUGCAAAUCGACGGACAAGCUCUUUUGGACCUCACCGAAGCGUCGCUCAUCUCUGAAAUCGGCAUCAAAGUCAAGGCCCACCGGGAUCGCAUUCUUGCAGCGAUCGAGGCCAUCAAGACGAGCGACGACUACAGCUCGGACGAAGACGACGGCGAGAGCCACGAUGAAGAUGACGACGCAAGCGCCGAGGCGGACGCGCCGUAUCACGUCACCAGCUCCAAGGCAAAUAGCUUGACCCGUCGCAUGUCGCUUCAAUCCGCACCGCCCCCAAGUGCCCAAACCCAAGCCAAUUUGCUCAACCGAAUCAACUCGGCGCUCAACUCUGGCUCGGUCUUUCGAAGCACAUCGGCGCUGCCAUCCAAGUAG